GGGGAUAACAAAAUCUGAAUUCUAACAGAGCUGGAGCGGAUCCAUUUGGCAAAGACUGCUCUUUAGUGGCAAUUCCUAGAUCAUCAAGCCCAGCAUGACCUACAGGAUUUGAGGGACAGAAAUCCCUCCGACCAUUGGAUGGAGAAAGAUAAUUUUUCCCUCAGAGGCACUUUAAGACCUGAGCAGAUGCCAUUAGGUGAUGAGGUGAUAGUAGAUGAUGAUGGACUAGUAGAUGCAAAGCCUAUCUCCAACAGUACCAGCAAGAGGAAAAGAAAAAGUUCUCUUUCUGGGAUGGACAUCAGUGAGAACAGCCUCAGACGUCCAGGGGAGCAAGUUGAGAUGGUCGGCUGCGAAGAAGGGCCACGCAAUCGGUCUCCCGAAAGGAUGCAAGACAAAGACGAAAUAGCCUGCGAGCUCUUGGGGGCCACCACUAUUCCCUCUAGACUUCUUCCGGGGCCCGUCUUGAGUUCUAAGAAGCGCAAGCUGAUUUUGCACAUCGAUUUGAACAACACCAUCCUGGUCUCUGAUGCAAUUACCAAACAGGACCCCGGUGCUGCUUUAAACUAUUACCUGAGUACAGUGACCUGGGGAAAACUUGGCCACACAGGGGAGUGGCAGUGGGUCAGUGAGUUUCCUUCUUUGCAUCCUCCCUGCCAAGGUGCUGUGAGUUUUUAUUCUCAAUAUGGCCGCAACACCAAAUUCAUAGAGACGUCCUACGGGAGGAAGUUCCGGGACCUUCACAGGCACCACUUGAAGCUGCUAGAGUGGCAGGGUCAGCCUCACCCUCAGCUCUCCGUCAAAGAUGAACAGGCCAGGCAUUACAACUUGGUGCUGCCUUCCUUCUUCUGCCUCCUGGAAAGCUUGCAUCGAGAAGGGAGGGAGUUUGCGGUCAUCUUUCGUACCUUUGGCACAGACCUGCCUCGUGUCCUGCAGGCGGUGAGCUGCGCCCUGGAGGGGCAGCACCCUGGCUUCCCUGCCCUGGGAGAAAUCUCGUUGCCCGUCGAUCUCAGACUUGGAAAGAUACGUUGCAGCAAGAAGAAAGUGGUGCUGAGCCAUGGAGCCGAGCAGCUCUCCAGCGACAACGGAUGCCGGAAAAUGUAUGCCUAUUUCAGCUCCAGGGAAGGCAUCAGUGGUUUCCAGGACCACUUUGAAUGGUGGGCUAAGAAUAAUUAUUCCAGCCAAGGUGGAAAGCCCAUUUGGGUCGAUCCUCAGGACUCCAGAGUCCAGCAUAUCUGUAUAGAUGACAACAUCCGACUGACCGAUUAUGACACCAUUGUGCAUCCUCAGGUAUUCUUAGGGCAAGGAAGUGACUCUCCCCGGACAAUUCCUACUUCGGAGCUCUAUGACAUCUGCCUAGUCCAAACAGACCUUCUGGAGGCCAUUGCUGAUGUGAACUAUUUCUGCCACUGCAUAAAACGCUGUGAAGAGAAUUAUGAGAGCUACUUGUCCAGAGUUGAGGCCUGCAUCUAAUGGGGCUGGCUGAGCGGUUGCCAAGGCCCUUUGCGGUACUGCAGGGAGAGCAAAGAACCCGUAUUCCCCUCUUGGCUGCUGCUUGUCUACCUCCCAAUGAAGUCAGUAUUCUUCUUUUAAUUUCCUGGCGAGGGCUCCAGGCCGGAAGCUCCUUGAAACGAGAGCUGGGCCUUCAAGCAAGGAAACAUGCUGCCUGUUUUCUCUGUUUGUGUCUGAAUCAGAGCAUCUAAAUAGAGGCAGCUGUGUUUUAUUUAUAAUAUUUAUUCAGCACUUAGUGGGUAGGAUUUUCUUGCCCUACGGAUGAGUGAACUCCAAGAAGCAGGUAAACCAACUCACAAAAUGCACCCAAAACUGUUCUAUAACCCAGCCUUUCUCUGCAAAUGUUAAAAUCACCUCCAACGGGUUUUUCUGGUAGCUUGGCUAUGAUGACCACUGGCUCUGAAACAUAAUGCCUGUGCUAAGCAAGCUCUGAAGAAGACACAU